UCCACUCCUAGUCUUGACUCUUCUUGGCCAAGCUUCUUCUUCUUCCUGGGUUUGGCUUGCACUUUCUUCCCAAGCGUUUCUCCUCUGAGGCAGAAGAAGCCCAGGGGCAUUAUGGAGGGAUAACACAUAACAGAAAAAAAAAAUAUGAAGCAGCAGCUCUGAAGCCUGAGCAACAGAACUCAACAGCCCCAACUCAACUCAGCUUAACUCAGCCUCAUUGAACCUGAUCUCAGACUCUCCACUCCUGGACUUUCUACAGCUCUCUGAUCCUAGAGUCCUCUUCAUUCCAGCUAGAAUGCCAUGUCAGGCACUUCGCAGAAUUGGUCCAAAGCUGGUACGCAGACGAAUGCUGGAAGAAGAUGUGAAUGAGAUGGCCCCUGCCAGAAGACGGACCACUCUGGAUUUAGUGGCCCUGGGUGUGGGCUGCACAGUGGGAGUAGGUGUGUUUGUCCUGGCUGGGGAGGUAGCUAGAGAUGUAACGGGACCAUCCAUUGUGGUCUGCUUGUUGGGAGCCAGCCUGUCUUCUGGGUUGGCUGGGCUGUGCUAUGCAGAGUUUGGUGUCCAGGUUCCCUAUGCUGGCUCUUCAUAUCUCUACACCUAUGUCACUAUGGGUGAAAUCUGGGCUUUCAUCACUGGCUGGAACCUCAUUGUCUUCUUUGUUGCUCAUACAGCCACUGUGGCUCGGGCUUGGACCUUAGCUUUUGACAAUCUGCUUGGGAACCAGAUCUCUCAGACCCUGCAUGAGAGCAUCUCACCAAAUGUUCCCCAGCACCUGGGAGAAAUUCUAGGCUUCAUUGUUGUGGGCCUUAUGUUGUUGCUGAUGGAAUUGCUGACUCUGAGGAAUAGGUGGAUUUUCCCGGUUUCCAAAGUGGUCACGUUGGUGAAACUUUUGGCUCUCAGUUUUGUCAUCAUCUCGGGCUUCAUUAAGGGAGACCUGCACAACUGGAAGCUCACAGAAGAGGACUAUGUAAAGGCUGGACUCAAUGACACCUCUAGCUUGGGCCCUCUGGGCUCUGGAGGAUUUGUGCCUUUUGGGUUCAGGGGGAUUCUCCGUGGAGUAGCUACCUGUUUCUAUGCAUUUAUUGGUUUUAGCAUUAUUAUUACAAGAGUGGAAGAAGCCCAGAAUCCUGAGCGUUCCAUCCCCAUGGGCAUUGUGGUUUCACUGCUCAUCUGCUUUUUGUUGUAUUUUGGUGUCGCUGCAGCACUAACACUUAUGGUUCCUUACUACCAGCUUCGACCUGGGAGCACAUUGCCAGAGAUAUUUCUCCAUAUUGGCUGGACAACUGCCUACUAUGCUAUAGCUUUUGUAUUCCUCUGUAGUCUUUCUGUCAGCAUCUUUGGCUUUAUGUUCCCCAUACGUAAUCUGAUAUACAUGAUGGCACAGGAUGGCCUCCUGUUCCCUGUCCUUGCCAGAAUCCAGACCAGCACAUACAUGCCCAAUGUGUCCACUGUAAUCUUGGGCAUCAUCGUAGGAAUCAUGGCAUUCUUCCUUGGACUCACUGAUCUUCUGGAUCUCAUGUCAGUUGGGGCCCUGCUAGCUUACUCCCUGAUGGCUCUUUGUGUUCUCAUCCUCAGGUACCAGCCUGAGAGGAGGAACGGGGUAAAAAAAGCACAGGAGCAGGAAGAGAAUGGACAGGCAGCAGAGAAACUGACACUACAAGAAUUGUUUUUUCCAGGGAGCCCCACCCCCACUCCACUAUCUGGCUGGGUUGUCAUUGUUUGCUCCUCACUACUUGUUCUGCUGCUGGCUCUCCUCUGCCUGGUGCUGGCCCACUGGCCAGGUCUGCUUUCUGGAGAUGCAGGGGUGAUCACAGUGGUUGUGCUGCUCCUGGUGCUCAUUACUGGGAUCACUGGGGUCAUCUGGAGACAGCCACAGAGUUCCACUCCCCUUCACUUUAAAGUCCCUGCUCUGCCUCUCCUCCCACUCCUGAGUAUCUCUGUGAAUGUUUAUCUUAUGAUGCAGAUGUCAGCUGGCACCUGGGCCCGAUUUGGUGUCUGGAUGCUAACUGGGUUUACUAUAUACUUUGGCUACGGGAUCCAGCACAGCUUGGUCCCUUAACCCUACUUUAGUUAGGACCAAAACUGUAGACUCAGCAGUGAACUUAGCAGUGGCAGUCUGUAUUUGAGUUGACAUCAUCACACUUGAAUGAAGUCUGGUCCCCUGCGAUAAUAGAGUACUUUGGGGCACAUGGAAAGCUUGGCUUCCCAUGGGUAGUUGGUGGGAGAACACUAAUACAACUCUAUUUAUAAUGAAAUGAAGGAUGUGUCUUUGCUCUUUCUCCUUUUUUCUGUCUACUUUCCAAAUGUGUUUGUACUACAUACUAGGUUUUGAAAGUUAUUAUUAAAAGAAACCAGAAAAAGUGUUUUUCUUUCUGUUUAGAUCCAGUAGGGAAAUACUGGGUAAAAUGGUAGUUUUAUUUUUAAUUUUCUGAGGAAAUUCCAUAAUAAUUUCCAUAAUGGCAGCAUCAAUUUGCAUUCCCACUGACGGUAACUGAGGGUUCACUUUUCUUUAUAUCCUCAUCAACACUUGCUAUUUCUUGCUCUUUUAUUUUAGCCAUUCUAUUGGGUGUAAAAUGAUAUCUCAGUGUGGUUUUAAGAUACAUUCCCUGAUGAAUAAUGAUGUUGCCCAUUUUUCAUGUGUCUGUUACCCAUCUGGUAUGUCUUCUCUGGAAAAUGUUUAUUCAAGCCUUCAAUCCAUUUAUAGGAUUGUUCGGGUUUUCUGGUGUUGACUUGUAGAAGUUCUGUAUAUACUUUGGAUAUUAACACCUCUUUAGAUAUAUCAAGUGUCCUGUGGGUAACUUGAUUCUGGAUAAAAAAAGGAACUUAACAAAAAAGUGAAAGUGUCUGAGCUGGGCAUGCUCAUGGUUGUCUCUUUAACUCAUUAAUUGAAGUCACAGUGAAGGGGGAUGAGAAGAGAGAGACCAGGACUAGUAAGUACACUGCUGAGUGGUGCUCAAACUUCAGCAGGUGCCACCUCAUCCAUAGGACUUGUGAAAACAGAUCACUGGGCCCCACCCCAGCCUUUGGAAUUCAGUGGGUCAGAGUGGCCCCCAAUACUUGUAGUUCUAACAAGUUCACAGGUAGGGCUGAUACCUCUGGUCCAGGGAACACAACUGAAAAGGAAAGCUCCACCUGAAGGCCCUGAUGAUACAAAGAUUAAGUGAGGGAAAGAAAGGUGUGCUUUGACCAUUGACUUUCAUUUAAUGAGAUUUUUUUUCAUUUAAUGAGAUAUUUAGAUUAAAAUAACAUCCAUUAAUCCUCUCCCAGUGGGGAUAUCAGAGUGAAUCAUUUCACAAUGUAUAUGUAUAACAAAUCACCACAGUGUACUCAUUAAGUAACUUAUAAUUUUCUAUGUCAAUUAUACCUCAAUAAAGCUGAAAUUUUAAAUAUGAAA